CACUCAUCAACCAGGGAAAGGUCUUUCUGGGGAAUUUAAAGGGUCCAAAAACCUGCCUGCCUUUACACUCAAUGGUCCCACUGCUGAGGAGUUCACUGGACUGAUAGCUACAUAGUUGGGAAGAACCAUGCCAAACCUGGGUGGUGGCGCAAAGUGUGGUGCUUGUGGCAAGACGGUGUAUCACGCGGAAGAGAUCCAGUGCAAUGGGAGGAGCUUCCACAAACCUUGUUUUAUCUGCAUGGUCUGCAGGAAAGCUCUAGACAGUACAACUGUAGCGGCUCAUGAGUCUGAGAUCUACUGCAAAUCCUGCUAUGGAAGGAAGUACGGCCCUAAAGGAUACGGCUAUGGGCAAGGUGCUGGGUGCCUAAGCACGGAUACAGGAGAGCGGUUUGGUAUUGAAGUGCCCCCAUCCCAGCCUGCUCGUGCUUCUCCCACAACUACACAUUCUUCCAAGUUUGCACAGAAAAUUGGAGCUACAGAGAAAUGUCCCAGAUGUGGAAAAUCGGUGUAUGCUGCCGAAAAAGUGAUGGGCGGUGGAUUGCCCUGGCAUAAAACUUGUUUCCGCUGUGCCUUUUGUGGGAAAAGCCUGGAUUCCACUACGGUCACGGAGAAGGAAGGCGAAAUCUACUGCAAAGUUUGCUACGCCAAAAAUUUUGGUCCAAAAGGCAUUGGCUUUGGUGGUCUCACUCAAGUGGAACAGAAAGAAGACUGAAAUGCAAAACUCUUUACAUAGUUAGAAAAAGUAAAUCGUAAACAUUUGGAAACUUUAAUUUUGCCAGAAAGUAGUUACAAGUAUUUGCUGAAGUUGCAAUGACAUCUGUGAUGACAAAGUGCUGUGUAUCGUUUAAAGAUCUGUAUUGGGAAAACAACACUUUAUAUGUUCAUUUAUUAAGUUGACUUCAGUAAAUUACAUACCAUCUC